AUGGAAAAAAUCCCACGGCUGGGUUAUAGCAACCCUGGUUCAUCAUCAUAUGACCAGGCACCGCCGCCCUAUUCACCAUACACUGAUGGUGGACUUGUGGUCGAAUCGGCAGACGUACAGGCCAAUGGCCGCGUCAAUGUCGAUCUAGAUUCAAGCCUGGCAAGAACAUUAGCCUCGAUCAUUGAGCUACAGCAGGAAGAUCUCCAAAACCCACCUCCAGAUUACUGCGAGGGUCAACCGGUAAAGGACGAGCUGCUGCAACCUGACAUCCAACUGAAUAUCGUGAUUCAAAUUGUGGGCAGCAGAGGUGAUGUGCAACCAUUCAUCGCCUUGGGGACCGAGCUACAAAAAUACGGUCAUCGUGUCCGAAUCGCCACACACGAUGUAUUCUCUGAUUUUGUCACUCAAUCAGGUCUUGAGUUCUAUCCUAUCGGAGGUGAUCCUGCGGAGCUGAUGGCCUUCAUGGUCAAGAACCCCGGGUUAAUACCUCGAAUCAGCAGCUUGCGCGCUGGAGAAGUCCAGAAGAAGAGGGCAAUGGUAAACGAGAUGCUUCAUGGCUGCUGGAAGUCUUGCAUCGAAGAUGACCCUGUUACAAAGAUCCCAUUUGUCGCAGAUGCCAUCAUUGCAAAUCCACCUAGUUUUGCCCAUGUCCAUUGUGCGCAGGCUUUGAGCAUUCCGGUUCACCUUAUGUUCACCAUGCCUUGGACUAGUACCAAGGCCUUCCCUCACCCGCUUGCUAACCUGAGCUCCUCCGAUAUGAACCCAAAUGUGGCGAAUUGGGUUUCUUAUGGUGUGGUAGAAUGGCUUACAUGGCAGGGGGUGGGAGAUGUAAUCAAUCGAUGGCGGGCAUCCAUCGAUUUGGAACCGGUACCAACCACGGAAGGCCCCAGGCUGGCUGAAACGUUGAAGAUCCCUUUCACUUAUUGUUGGUCACCCGCCUUGAUCCCGAGGCCGCGAGACUGGCCAGCUCAUAUUGAUGUCUGUGGUUUCUUUUUCAGAGAUAUGCCAUCGUACGAACCGCCACCCGACUUGAAGGAAUUCUUAAGAUCGGGAGCGACUCCCAUUUAUAUAGGCUUCGGCAGCAUCGUGAUUGAUGACCCUCAGAAAAUGACAGAGAUCAUUUUAGAAGCGAUCGCGAGAACUGGCGUACGUGCCAUUAUAUCACGGGGCUGGAGCAGACUAGGUGGUUUGCCCAGUUCCAAUGUCUAUUACAUUGAUGAUUGCCCUCAUGAGUGGCUUUUCAAGCACGUUGCUGCUGUGGUGCACCAUGGGGGUGCUGGGACAACCGCGUGUGGUCUUGCUAACGGCCGACCGACCACCAUUGUGCCCUUCUUUGGGGACCAACCAUUUUGGGGCAGUAUGGUGGCAAGAUCUGGCGCUGGAGCUAGGCCAAUUCCUUAUGCUUCCCUCAACGCAGAGAAUUUGGCUGGGGCAAUCGCUUUCUCGCUGAGACCAGCCGCAGCAGAUUCCGCUCGUGACAUUGCUUUGAAGAUGCAGCAUGAGUCAGGAGUAGCAGCAGCCGUUCGAUCCUUUCAUCGCCACCUCCCGCUGAACAGGAUGCGUUGCUCCCUGAUACCUAAUCAGCCUGCUACUUGGACUUACAAGCGGUCCAAGAAUUGCAUAGGCCUUUCUAAAGUUGCCGUUCAGUUAUUAAUCGACAACGGCAGAAUCAAUGCAAAAGAGCUUCGGGGCAAUGCGAUCAAUCCGAUACAUAUCGAAAACCGUCGCUGGGACCCCGUAACCGGCAUUCUCUCUGCCACUACAAGUACAGGAUCUGCAAUGCUUAAGUCGACCGGCGAGAUGCUAUACAACCCAUAUAAGGAAUACACAUCCAGUCGUUCUCCAAAGCCACCAAUAUCGCGGAGCGGAUCUGCACUUUCUACAACUACAACAUCGUCGUCUUCUAGAUCCCUCACGGCUCUUUCCGAGGCAAGUAGGCGGCCUUCUGAACUGAUGCAUACGGAUACUCCUAUCAACGAUGGGCCCAAUAAGCACGCGUUAUCAACGGCAGGAAGUAUGGUUGGAGCUUCUCUUAAGGGCUUUGGCAAGUUCACCGGAGCAUACUUCAAAGGCGCGGUGGUAGACAUUCCCUAUGCUGCUGCUGAGGGUUUCCGACAGGUUCCUCGACUCUAUGGAGAGGAACCUAAGCAGUAUGGCACAGUUCGUGAUUGGAAAUCUGGUGCUACUAUGGGCGGCAAGAACUUUGUUGAUGGCAUGACAGAUGGAUUCAAGGGGUUCUUCUAUCAGCCCAUCAAAGGCGCGAGGGAAGAAGGGGCGUUAGGGGCCGUUAAAGGAUUUGCAAAAGGAACCAUUGGACUUGCGACUAAAGUUCCUUCGGCUGGGAUUGGUCUUGUCGCGUACCCUUUUCAAGGCAUCACGAAAACGAUUGAAGCAGCCGUCAGGUCUAAGACAGGGAAGACGAUCCUUCUUGCCCGACUCAGGGAUGGAUACGCCAUGACAGAGCGAGCCUACAUGUCGGAAGAUGAGCAACAGUAUCUGUUACGGAGGUUCCAGGCUUUGGCUGGAUGA